UAUUCCAUAAAGUUUCACUAUAAAACCACUAAGAGAACAGAUCAUCUCUCUCAAACAACACACUCUCUCUUAGGCCUAAACACAAACACCUCCCGUGCAACACCAAUGGAGGACAUAGCAGCGUAUGGUCGCGCAUUGGACCUCGGCUGUGGCAUCGCGUUGUCGAUGACACUGAAGGCGGUGAUCGAGCUGGACGUGCUCGAGAUCAUGGCGGCAGCCGGGCCCGGUGCGUGGUUGUGGCCGGAAGAGAUCGCGUCUAAGAUCCAAAGCAGUAACCCAGAUGCCCACGAGGUGCUCGACAGAAUGCUUCGGUUCUUGGCCGCGCACAAAGUGGUGACUUGCGAGGUGGUGGUCGGAGAGGAUGGGGAGAGCAAGAGGCGCUAUGGAUUGGGCCCUGUUUGCAAGUACUUAACUAAAGAUGAGGAUGGAGUCUCUGUGGCUCCACUCUUGCUCAAGCAUCACACCAAGGUCUUGGUGGAAACAUGGUUAAAUCUCAAGCAUGCAGUGUUAGAUGGGAGUAUUCCAUUUGUGAAGACUCAUGGAGUAACAAUGUUUGAACAUGAGGACAAGGACCCUGAUUUCAGUGAGAUCUUCAACAAAGCCAUGUUCAACCAGACUAUCAUGCUCAUGAAGAAGAUGCUUGAAAACUACAAGGGCUUUGAGAACAUCAAUGUGCUUGUAGAUGUGGGUGGUGGCCAUGGUGCCACUCUGGGUAUCAUCCUCUCUAAGUACCCUAACAUCAAAGCCAUUAACUUUGAUUUACCUCAUGUGGUCUCUAAAGCAAAACCCAUCCAAGGAGUUGAGUUUGUAGGGGGAGACAUGUUUGCAAGUGUCCCAACUGGUGAUGCCAUCUUCAUGAAGUGGAUACUCCAUGAUUGGAGCAAUGAGCAUUGUGUGAAGAUACUGAAAAACUGUUGGAAAGCAUUGCCGAACAAUGGGAAAGUGAUUGUUGUAGAACUUAUCAUUCCUGAAAUCCCUGAAGAUGCAGAUGAAGCGAAGAACAGUCUCCUUGGUGAUGUUAUCAUGUUGGCAUACUGUGUUGGUGGGAGAGAAAGGACUGAGAAGGAGUACAGAUUGCUUGCCAAUAAAAGUGGAUUCUCAGGAUUCAACAUUGCAUGUUGUCUUCAUAACUUUUCCAUUAUGGAGUUUUGCAAGUAGAUGAAAUUUAUCAACAUAAGAUCCUUGAUGCGCUUCUCUUAAUGCACUCCAUUUUGUAAUUUUUUUUAAUUUUUAAUAAAAAUAAAUAAAUCA